AUGCGAUACCGGUACCGGUUAUCGGUAUACAAACUUCGUACCGGUACCGGUCGUUCAUUCAUUUCUGUAACGUUUAAAGAUGGUGCAGGUUUUAAAAAGAGUGUUCACUGUGGAAUACAUCCGGCGCUCUUACCUGAGACAGUUUUCUCGUCCGAGACAAUUCAAUUGGAAACAAAGUUGUACCAAGGUCCGUUACAUGGCGGUAGCUAUUUUUUACAAGCUAAAUUUGCACACGGCCUCAAUGAAUCAACAAUUUGGUCAAUUAAUGUCUUAGCUGAAGACAAUGGAAAGAAUUUUAUUCCAAUCAGCUAUGCAGCAAGUUUACCACCUGCUCUUUCCAUACUUUCUACUCCUGAUGUAGUGGGCACACGUUUCUUUCUUUAUUCAAGAUCGAAUCGAAACGUACAAAUAGAAAUUAAACGUGGUUCACUCAAACUAUGGGAUCCUUCUAAACGGACAAAAUUUGUCAUCCAUGGUAUGAUCGAAAAUUAUAAUGCGACAUGGUAUGAGGAUCUAAGAAAUGUUUGGUUAGAUGUUGAAGACUGUAAUUUAAUAUUCGUUGACUGGUCAAAUACAAACAAAUUUCCGUAUACGAAAGCUACGGCUAAUACACAAAUUGUCGGUACUGAGGUUGCACUUCUAGUAAAUUAUAUCAUCGAACAACAUGAUAUAAAAGCCAAAGAUAUUCACAUUGUCGGUCAUAGUUUGGGUGCCCAUGCAGCGGGAACGGCUGGAUCAAAAAUAGCCGGUUUAGGAAGAAUAACAGGUCUGGAUCCGGCUGGUCCGUACUUUGAGAAUACUGAUCCUCGUGUGCGUUUGGAUUCAACCGAUGCGUUGUUCGUCGAUGUUAUUCAUACUGAUGGACAAGCACAUGUUCAAUUAGGAUUAGGUUUGAUACAGCCCAUUGGACAUGUUGAUUUUUAUCCAAAUGGUGGAAAGGAACAGCCAAAAUGUCCUCGAAUGACAGGAAAAAUUUGGCAAACAAUUUUAAAUGCAUUCAAUACCGAAGAACAUCAAUAUCAGAUAACCGUUAAAUCGGGCAGUGAGUUUACUCAAACACUUGGAAAAGUGACAAUUACAUUGAAUGGAAGUUUAAGAUCUAUCAGUCUUGUCUUCGAUGAGUACGUUGUCAAGUUUAUUGAAUGUUAUUACCAUUAA